AAUGCACCAGCUGAACUCUAAGAGAUGAUGGAAAAGGGGGGGCAAUUAGAGAUGUUGUUCUGAGUUCUCACCAAUCUUAUAGUCAGUGGAAACAUCAGGGAAAAUGUUCAAUUGGGUCGAAGAGUGGAACAUCUCUUUUGCAGGCUGUGGAUUCAGGAGUAUUUAUUAUGUGGGAGCUUUGAGCUGUAUUCUCGAGCGUGCCCCACAGCUGGUUGAUGGUGCCUCUAAAAUCUGUGGAGCAUCAUCUGGUUGUCUCGUGGCUGCAGCUGUGACUGUUGGGAUUCCGAUUGAUCAGCUUUGUGUCAACAUUUUAACCACGGCGAAGGAGGCCAGAAAACACACCCUGGGAGUUUUCCACCCAACGUUUAGCCUGCUGCAGACAGUUCGUGACUCCCUGCUGGAGAAGCUUCCAGAAGACGCCCACCUUCGGGCCUCUGGAAAGCUCUGUGUGUCCCUCACCCGGCUGUCUGAUGGGAAGAACGUUCUGGUGUCAGAGUUUGCCAGCAGAGAGGAGCUAAUUCAGGUUCUCAUGUGUAGCUGUUUUUUUCCAGUUUACUGUGGUUUCAUCCCACCUUCAUACCGUGGAGUGAGCUACAUGGAUGGAGCCCUGAGCAACAAUAUGCCUCUGUUCGAGCAGCCAAACACCAUCACUAUGGCCCCAUUCUCAGGCGAGAAUGACAUCUGCCCCAGAGAGGGUACAUUCAACUUCUUUGAGGUCCACUAUGGCAACGUUAGCAUUCAGGUCAACACUGGCAAUGUGCAUCGUGUCUGCACGUCCUUCCUUCCUCCCACAUUUGAGAAGCUGGCUGAAAUCUGUCACAAUGGCUACAGGGAUGCUCUUUGUUUCCUGAGAGAAAGAGAUCUUCUUCAAGCACAGUGUACUCCCCGCAGUAGAGCAGUGAAAGUAGGCAGAGCCAAAUCUCUUUGUUGUGAGCUGAUGAAGGAAGUGGUUCAAACAGAACAAUGGAAAAGGAGGAAGAUGCUGUUGAAUGGACAAAACCCUCAUCGGGAAGAUCACAGGUGGCUGGACCAUAGAGUGAUAGAGGACCUCCCUGUGGAGAUUAAGAGAGUGCUGUGUGACGCAUGCAGAGACAGUUAUGACGGUAGCAGUUGGCGGUUCCAGCUGACAGACUUUCUUCUUGUAAAACUGUUUGUGUAUCUGCUGACCCUCCUCAUCCUGCCCAUCGAGCUGAUCCUCCUCUUCACCAAAACCAUGAUAUUAUCAGGCAGUGCACUGGUUUGCAAACUGUUAGCGUCGUCUGCAGAACUCUGCAGGCCGAGCAUCAGAGGUGACAACCUCAACAGGCCAUCUCCAGAGCAGCACUGCAGCAGCAGCUUCUCUGACUCAGACCUCAGGCACCAGACUUUAAAGUCAACAAUCAUCCCCAAUUCUAAUUGAAAACUAUACUGGGACAACCUGGACAACCUUCUCUCCCUUAUCUCAACCCAUACAGUUUCACCUGCACCUGCGUGUGGCAAAGUGGCGUUAAACACAGAUGGAUGAGCAACCACAAGUCAGGCAGAAAAAAGACUGUUUAGAGUUGCAAAUAAAUAGCUUUAUAUGUUGCAUUUACCAGCAUUGGUUCAGAGGAUCGUUAUUUAUGAUCCUGUGACCAAUCUCUGUGUUUGCUCUGAAGAGAAAGGAUUGUAUGGAUUUAUCUGACUCAUGUGGAGUCAACGAGGCUACUUGAAAACUAAGAGAGAGGGUAACUAAAAACUUAAAGCCCUGUGAUUUGCUGAAGUCUCCCAUCAUGGGCUAGAUUUUCUAAAGCCUGAUGACGAAGCUGGGGAGCAGUGCAGAACUUUCGUUUCUUCACAUUAAGUUUCACAUUAAGUUUCUUCAUGUUAAACCCAUCGUGGUGAUGUCCAGAGGCAAAAAAAAAAUAAAUUACAUUACUGUCCAAAUACCA